AUGGAGGAGAAGGCGACGUUUUCAUGCCCAAUCGUGGCGGGUAGUCUCCUAAUUAGCCAACAUAUGGAUGGGAUGAUAGAAUAUGGUGGACGGGUCAACCUUAAUCUUUGCAAUGUCAUCAAAAUACGCCUUUCGAACGAGGUCCUCACUUGUAAUUGCAAAGCGUCUACCAUCGAAUCCAACCCCGGUUCUGACAGCGCCAUUUUCUUUGCUAGCAAGGCGCAGAAAGGCCCGGCCGUAUCUCCUCUCAUUCCUCCCAAAUACACCAACUUUGAGAUUUACAACCUCGCGGAUAAUCUUUUAUCUGUCGACUAUCUGUUCUAUGUACCCUCCACUCAGAACUCGUACAUCAGAUCGCUGAAGAAUUAUCUCGGUUCUAUUGACCUUAGAGGCUCCGGAAACUCCGCUGUGAUGACUCGAAAUGUUUUGUGCAGAAAUCUCUGGAUGCCGCCCUCAUCAGGUGCAACGCGGAAGUCAGCAAAGCUCAUGCAUCUUUCGAGCAAGAACAAGGCUUCGAAAUCACUGGAGACCAGACCUUCAUGCAGUGACACUCUCGACGCUAUCAACUCGGGUCAGAAGCUUCCGGCGCCGAAAGGCAUCAGAUACGUGCCUGAGUACAGCUCUGAUGAUCGCGGCCGACCCAGCAAGAGCUCUAUCGAAAUCAAGAUGAGCGAUGGAAAGAACACCAGUGAGACUCAACUUGGUCAGGAAACGUUGAGAGUUAGCCUCAGUUUCUCCUACGCUCCCUGGGUGUCUUUCGGUACUAGCGGAUCCUCUGGUUACGAGGAAAAGCUUGAUCAAAACAGCUCCGACGAGAAUUAUAUCCAGAUCACGGUGACAUACGAUGAGAUUAGGACUGUAGCUGUCAAUCCUGGAAGCUGGAAUUUUCAAGAUCCAAAAACCAGCUAUCCUCAGCUGAAGCCCAACGCCCCAGACACCGUUAAGGUCCUUGUCACACCCACCCAGCUUGUUAUAGUUAAGAAUCUCGGUUAUAGAAUCAACUUUAGCAACACCAUAAAGUCCACUUUCGAGAAAAAGGUUUUUGACACCACGGAAGCUGAAGGUUACGUUCGCGUCUUUGGAAUUCCAAUCCAAGUUGACGCCGACUUCAACAAGAUUGAUGACAAUACUUCGCACACUGCUACGUGGGAUAGCACCUCCGGCGAGUUCAUCGUCGCGCCAACUGACGAGGGCGAUUUUUUUUCCAUCAUUGCCAUUCGUGGCGGCAAGAUCAAGACGACCUAA